GCUGGGCAGGUCCAACACUUGAAACUUGACGAGUGCGGUGACUUCCCUUUUUGGUUGCUCGCAGACCCCCAACGCCGGAGAGCUCCGUCCAGGCACUAUCAGGCUUUUUUCUUGCAAAGUCAUGAUCCCGCGCUCCUGAGAGCUGUCGGGAUGGAGCUCUCGGAGCGGGCAUGUGACACUACACUUACUGAUAGUGGGUGCUGUGUCACCCCUGGCUGCCCACCAUGGUGAAGCUGGACAUCCACACGCUGGCUCACCACCUGAAGCAGGAGCGGCUCUACGUGACGGCGGAGAAGCAGCUGAUCCAGCGGCUCAACGCCGACGUGCUGAAGACGGCGGAGAAGCUCUACCGGACAGCCUGGAUCUCCAAACAGCAGCGCAUCAACCUGGACAGGCUCAUCAUCACCAGUGCUGAAGCUUCUCCUGCUGAAUGUUGCCAACAUGCAAAAAUCUUGGAGGACACGCAGUUUGUGGAUGGAUAUAAGCAGCUGGGAUUUCAGGAGACUGCUUACGGAGAAUUCCUGAACAGACUGAGAGAGAACCCGAGGCUUAUUGCGUCCUGCCUGGUUGCUGGAGAGAAGCUCAACCAGGACAACACUCAGAGUGUCAUUCACACAGUCUUUACCUCCAUUUAUGGCAACUGCAUCAUGCAGGAGGAUGAGAGUUACCUGCUCCAGGUCCUCCGUUACCUGAUUGAGUUUGAACUCAAGGAGAGCGACAACCCCCGGCGGCUGCUCCGACGAGGCACCUGUGCCUUCAGCAUCUUGUUCAAACUCUUCUCUGAAGGACUCUUCUCUGCAAAACUUUUUCUUACUGCAACCUUACAUGAGCCAAUCAUGCAGCUCCUGGUUGAAGAUGAAGACCACCUGGAAACCGAUGCAAACAAGUUAAUUGAGAGAUUCUCCCCAGUACAGCAGGAAAAGUUAUUCGGAGAGAAAGGCACAGAAAAGUUCAAGCAAAGAGUCCAAGAGAUGGUUGACUCCAACGAGGCCAAGCUGGUGACUUUGGUCAACAAAUUCAUUGGCUAUCUCAAACAAAACACUUACUGUUUUCCUCACAGCUUGAGGUGGAUUGUGUCGCAGAUGUACAAAACGCUGUCGUGCGUGGACAGGCUGGAGGUUGGGGAGGUCAGAGCCAUGUGCACAGAUCUUCUUCUGGCCUGUUUCAUCUGCCCUGCAAUCGUUAACCCAGAGCAGUAUGGGAUCAUUUCUGAUGCUCCUAUAAAUGAGGUGGCAAGAUUUAAUCUGAUGCAGGUUGGGAGGCUCCUGCAGCAGCUGGCAAUGACGGGCUCUGAGGAGGGAGAUCCACGUACCAAGAGCAGCCUUGCUAAAUUUGACAAAAGCUGUGUUGCUGCUUUCCUGGAUGUGGUCAUCGACGGGCGCGCGGUGGAGACGCCUCCGAUGUCUGCUGUCAACCUGCUGGAGGGGCUGAGCAGGACCGUGGUGUACAUGACAUACAGCCAGCUGACCACUCUGGUUGGCUUUAUGCGCAACGUGAUGUCAAGCGAUCAGCUUAAGGAAGAUCGGAUGGCUUUGGAAAACUUGCUGGCAAACUUACCCCAGAACAAGCCAGGGAAAAGCAGCAGCCUUGAAAUGACUCCAUAUAACACCCCCCAGCUUUCUCCUGCGACCACUCCAGCCAACAAAAAAAACCGGUUACCGAUAGGACAGCAAUUGGCAGCCAUUACUGCCUGGGACACCUCUGCCACCAAUCUGUCAGCUCACAUAACUCUAGUAACCCCUUUUGCAACUCGUAGCAGAAGUAGAUCAAAUAUUCUGAUGGAUCAGCACGGAGAUCACGAAGGAUCCUCCCAGGAAACUAUCCCAGAAGUUCAGCCAGAAGAAGUGCUGGUGAUUUCUCUGGGGACAGGUCCACAGAUUACUCCAGGAAUGAUGUCAGAAAAUGAGGUCUUAAACAUGCAGCUUGCAGAUGGCGGGCAAGAUGUCCCCAUUGACGAAAACAAACUCCAUGGUAAACCUGAUAAAACCUUGCGCUUUUCCCUCUGCAGUGAUAAUCUGGAAGGAAUAUCUGAAGGUCCUUCCAAUCGCUCCAACUCGGUGUCCUCGCUGGAUUUGGAAGGGGAGUCGGUGUCGGAGCUCGGCGCGGGCCCCUCCGGGAGCAACGGUGUGGAGGCUCUGCAGCUCCUGGAGCACGAACAAGCCACAACUCAGGAUAAUCUGGAUGACAAGCUCCGUAAGUUUGAAAUCCGUGAUAUGAUGGGUUUGACUGAUGACAGAGAUAUAUCAGAAACUGUGAGCGAAACCUGGAGCACAGAUGUCUUGGGAAGUGACUUCGACCCCAACAUGGACGAGGACCGGCUGCAGGAGAUCGCAGGUGCAGCUGCAGAGAACAUGCUAGGCAGCUUGCUGUGUUUGCCAGGUUCAGGAUCCGUGUUGCUUGAUCCCUGCACAGGUUCAACCAUAUCAGAAACCACAAGUGAGGCGUGGAGUGUGGAAGUAUUACCGAGUGAUUCAGAGGCUCCAGACUUAAAACAGGAGGAAAGACUCCAAGAACUGGAGAGCUGUUCUGGGCUGGGCAGCACGUCUGAUGACACAGAUGUGAGGGAGGUCAGCUCUCGACCCAGCACUCCAGGACUCAGCGUUGUGUCAGGUAUUAGUGCAACAUCUGAAGAUAUUCCCAACAAGAUUGAGGAUCUCAGAUCUGAAUGUAGCUCUGACUUUGGGGGAAAAGAUUCUGUGACAAGUCCUGAUAUGGAUGAAACAGCUCAUGGAGCCAGUCAGUUGACAUCUCCACCUUCUCAGACAGAUUCUUUGCUUGCGUUGUUUGACCCUCUGUCCUCAAAUGAGGGUGUGUCAGCUGUAGUAAGGCCUAAAGUGCACUAUGCAAGACCCUCUCACCCACCUCCGGAUCCCCCCAUCCUGGAAGGAGCUGUGGGAGGUAACGAGGCCCGACUGCCAAACUUUGGGUCUCACGCUCUGAUUCCAACGGACCUGGAAGCCUUCAAGCAGAGACAUUCCUACCCGGAGAGGCUGGUCCGCAGCCGCAGCUCGGACAUUGUGUCGUCGGUCCGGAGGCCCAUGAGCGAUCCCGGGUGGAACAGACGUCCUGGGAACGAGGACAGGGAGCUGCCCAUGGCCACCAGCAGUGCUGGAGCAGCUGUGCUGGCAGCCACGUCUCAGUCAUCGUCUUCAUCUCCCAGUAAGGACUCCUCCAGGGGAGAGAUUGAGGAACGAAAAGACAGCGAUGAUGAGAAGUCUGACAGGAACAAGCCCUGGUGGAGGAAACGUUUUGCAUCUGCCAUGCCCAAAGCUCCUAUUCCAUUUAGAAAGAAAGAAAAACAAGAGAAAGACAAAGAUGACAUGGUGCCUGACAGAUACGCAACACUUCAAGAUGAUCCCAGCCCAAGGCUCAGUGCACAGGCACAAGCUGCUGAGGACAUUCUGGACAAAUACAGGAAUGCCAUCAAGAGAACCAGUCCCAGUGAAGGAGCCAUAGUGAACUAUGACAGUGCAGAGGCUCUUGGGGAUGGUGAGAGCAUGCACGACUCCCCGCGGGACGAGGCCUUGCAGAACAUGUCUGCAGACGAUCUCCCAGACUCUGCAAGUCAAGUAGCACAGCCACAAAGUUCUGCUUUCUCCUAUAGGGAUGCAAAGAAGAAAUUGAGAUUGGCUCUUUGUUCAGCAGAUUCUGUUGCCUUCCCGAUGUUGACCCACUCAACACGGAAUGGUCUCCCAGACCACACAGACCCCGAAGAUAAUGAAAUUGUGUGCUUCUUGAAAGUUCAGCUGGCUGAAGCCAUCAACCUCCAGGACAAGAACCUGAUGGCACAGCUGCAGGAGACGAUGCGCUGCGUGAGCCGCUUCGACAACAGGACCUGUCGGAAGCUGCUGGCCUCCAUUGCAGAGGACUAUAGGAAAAGAGCUCCAUAUAUUGCUUAUUUGACUCGCUGUCGCCAAGGCCUGCAGACGACACAGGCACACCUGGAAAGGCUCUUGCAGAGAGUUCUGCGAGAUAAAGAAGUGGCCAACAGAUACUUCACUACAGUAUGUGUGAGGUUACUGCUGGAGAGCAAAGAAAAGAAAAUAAGGGAAUUUAUUCAAGAUUUCCAGAAGCUCACAGCAGCAGACGAUAAAACAGCCCAAGUUGAGGAUUUCCUUCAGUUCCUGUAUGGGGCUAUGGCUCAGGAUGCCAUAUGGCAGAAUGCCAGUGAGGAACAGCUUCAGGAUGCACAAUUAGCCAUCGAGCGCAGUGUGAUGAAUCGCAUUUUCAAACUUGCCUUCUACCCUAAUCAGGAUGGAGAUAUUCUGCGUGACCAGGUCCUUCACGAGCACAUACAGAGGUUAUCCAAAGUAGUGACUGCAAACCACAAGGCCCUUCAGAUACCUGAGGUCUAUCUCCGGGAGGCACCGUGGCCGUCGGCACAGUCCGAGAUCCGCACGAUAAGUGCUUACAAAACCCCCCGGGACAAGGUGCAGUGUAUCCUGAGGAUGUGCUCCACCAUCAUGAACCUGCUCAGCCUGGCCAAUGAGGAUUCAGUACCUGGGGCAGAUGAUUUUGUUCCUGUUUUGGUUUUUGUCCUGAUAAAGGCAAACCCCCCUUGCCUGCUGUCCACUGUGCAGUACAUCAGUAGUUUCUAUGCCAACUGCUUGUCUGGAGAGGAGUCCUACUGGUGGAUGCAGUUCACGGCAGCCGUGGAGUUCAUCAAAACCAUCGAUGAUCGCAAGUAGCUCGCCCAGCACAUGCAUGGGCAGACUGUGAGCAGGAGAGGAGCGUCUGAGAAUGUACAACAGCUGCAAAAGCUGAAGAAAAGACUUUCCUUGUAUAAUACUGUACAGAAUUGAGGCAUUUUAAAACACACCUUUACUAAUCUAAUUAAUUUAACAGAUUUUCCUCUUCUCUUUCGGUUGCGUUUUUCUCCCCUCUAGAUACUGGCACUGCAAAAGGGACCACAGUCUUCAGGUAUUUUGGAAUCUCAAAACAUGCAGAAAAUAUUUCAUGCUUUCUCCACCACCCCUCUUGCUGAAUUCUUCCUCACGUGAAUAGUUCAUUUGAUUUCUAACAGAAAACUGAAACAAGAGGAAUCAGGGCAGCCACACAGUAAACUUUCUAGUUGAAUACACCUUUUAUUAAGAAAACACCAGCCACACUGAAAGUUUGUAGUAGCUGACAUCAGUUAUUGAUUAUAUUUCACCUAAAUUUAAAAUCUGAGAGGACAAUGUAAAUAUUAUAUAACUAUAUUUAAUGCAUUGCAAGUUUCUUUGGACUCAUUAUCCUUCGAAUAAAAAGCAAAAGCCUCUCUGACCUCUAACAGGUUGUGAUGUACCGUGUUUUGGUGAUGGAAGGACUUCCUAGAAAGGCUAAGGUUUAAAAAGGGCAAACUGAACUAUUUAUUAAAAUGUAAUUAAGGUUACUGAAAUUUCUAAAACUGGAAUUUUUAAUAGGGCUUAUUAGCUAGCUGAACACUUCUUGGCUAGGGCAUUAGGGUGUUACAGAGGUUUGGGUAUAUAGAGGAGAGCGACUGUAAGUUACAAUAGAGAAGUCUAAUAUAAAAAAGGAGAAAUAAAAUACCUUACUGUAAUAUUUUUUCUGAUCUAUUGUGUAUACUGUACAAACCCCAAACAGAGAUCCUUAACAGAACCUUGGGCUGUAAUAUAUAUUUUGAUUAGUGACAUUAAAUACAUAUGCCAGGGGGUUCAGUGAAUGUUUUUACUAAAUGUUCUUCGUGUUGUCUGCUAUGCAGCAGUGCAAGUUUUACUGUUCAUAUAAAAUAUUUUAAAAUAAUAUAACACUGUUCUUUAUGAAACAUAUCAUGGCAUCAGUUCAGGGUGUUUUAUAGAUUUCUCACCCCUCCUUUCCCUUAAACUGACAGUUACCAGGUUAAAGAGGUUUUUAUGCACACCACCACGUGUGUUUUUCACGACUGAAGUGGUCUGGGGCAUGGCCAGUGCGUGUUGGCUCUUUAUAAGCACUCGCUGUCCUUUUUCAGCUUGAAUACAGUGAAAAAGGACAUCGAGCACUGAACUUUUUCAUGUCAGUAUUAUUUCUUGCUCUUUCCAGAGUGUUCAUUGCACUUCUGACAGAGGGAUGUGGUAAGGUUUGGUGUCUGUGAGUGGUAAACAAAAUCUUUCUCACAGUCUUUUCAAAACACGAUUGGCUGAUUUUGUGUGUGUGCAUUUUGAUGAUUAAAACCUGUAAGCAACUAGUA